CUCCGCGCGUUUCGGUCCCGCAGCCGCCGGUGGCGAGAAGGCAGCGAGGAAGCAGCAGCCGAGGGUUUUACCUGCCUUACCUACCUACCUACCUACCUACCUACCUACCUACCUACCUUCGCGAUGGCAAAGGCGGUCAGCGUGGCGCGGCUGCUGUGCGCUUUGGUCUUUUGCUCGCAGGCGCUGUCGGCGCAACCAGCAGACAUCAGUUUCCCACCUGAAGACAUGGACUCAUCUGGUGAUGAUUACGACUCUUUUUCUGGUUCUGGAGCAGGCCAUCCUGCAACCUUCGUAAAAGUUCCACUACAAGGAAGCACAAAUAUGUCGUUGUUGCCCGAAUCCACAACUGACUUGGAAUACAAACAGCCUGAGGUACAGCAAACAGACAGCCCUACAGAAGACUAUCCAGGAGGACCUGUAUCCCAAACAAGCAUACCUUUAGUCCCAUUGAUGGAUCUGGUGACCGACAAGACAGCAGUAGCUACAGAAUAUGAGCUGGACUCAUUUACUGAACAAGGAACAACAAGGUCUCCAGUCAUAACGACUAGAAUCCCAGCGACUCACCACAUUUCCACAGUCAGAACCACAACGUCGCAAAUUUCUAGCACACACUUCAUUGAGGCAGAAGUCCACCAAGAUGUCCAUCAAGGAUCUAGCACUGAUGAUGCAACACCUGCUUUGGACUUAGUGCCGACUAGUGAGAGAAGUCUGGAUACUGCAAGUCCCACUACAGUAUCCUCUAGUGACCAGAAUGAAAUCCCUUCUCUGCCCGAUGACGGAGGCAUCCUAAUUGAGGAUGGUUCUGGAAGUAAGGAUGACUUUUCAAUUGAGCUACAUGGAGAAAAUUCAGUACUAGAAGUGGAAUCUCAGCCCAGUGGUAAAACAAUAGAUACAGAAACGAAGAAUGCAAAAUCUGCAGGAACCGCCCAAGGAAUAAUGGACAGGAAAGAAGUUCUAGGAGGGGUCAUCGCUGGUGGAUUAGUAGGUCUGCUGUUUGCUGGGUUCCUAGUUGGGUUCAUGCUGUACAGAAUGAAGAAAAAAGACGAAGGAAGCUACUCACUGGAUGAGCCAAAACAGUCAAAUGGAGGCUAUCAGAAACCACAGAAACAAGAAGAAUUCUACGCAUGAACAAAGAAAGUUUAAAAGACAUUUGGAUGUCUCCUGGGCAUCAUGAGUUCUCACUGCGUUUUAAAAAGGGGUGGGGGGAACUAAAAGCCAUAGGACUGAGCUUAAGCCUCUGCCUCCUUGCCAUUGGGAACGCCUCUAUUUUUCCAAAGUCAAUCUGGAUUAAGUAAAAACCAUACCUGCUUUCUUGCACAAAGAUUACCUUUAAAGUGGAACCUUAGCCUUAGUCUAAGGACUCCUGGGGAAAAGAUAAGGAACCGAUUGUAUAUAGUCUUGACGUCCUAGGAACAUGCACCAAGAAAUUAGUAAGGUAUAAUGUGCGUGUGUGUGUGUGCUAAAGACAUUUCGGGGCCCCAACGCUUAGUAGCCAUUCCUGUGUGCAUUAGAGAACGUUCUUUUCUUUAAAAAAACACAAUAAAAAACAGGUUAUUAUGUGGCUUUCAAUGUUCCCACCCCCUUUUCAACGGUAACACUCAGUCACUCUAUUGUAGCUGAAUGGUGUGUGAAAGAAGCCCCCUCCUCAAAUUAAAAGGUCUGUCCAAAGUGAUGGAGUUCUUAAAAGUUAGGCGUAUGACUUCUCUGGAAUUCUAGUGGGAGAAAUUUUAUACACUCUGCUUUGUAACCUGAGGGGAACGUAGAGGUGGAAGCAUGUAUUUGAGGUGUGCGCACUUUUUUCCAGUUACUUCUGGUCCUACUGGCUGUAGUGUUGUCCUUGUACACUGUGUGCCAGGUCCACAUGGUAGUCCCGGAGCCACCGUUUGUUAUCUACCUCUUCUGCAUUGCAUUUUUUUCCCUGAUAGCGGCUACUUCUCCACUGGAUUUCCAAACUCCCUCUGCCACUCGGCACCUGAAGUGCUGGGUGUGGCAUUCUUCAGCGUACAGGACGGAGCCUGUUAAGGGGUGAUGAGAGCUCCUGUUUCUGCCAAGUCCCAGGGACUAGAAUCAUAUUAGACUGGCGUUUGUAGUUGCAGUUCUCUGGGAGCACAGGCUCAGCAUGCAGAGCCUAAGGGAGUUAGCGUCUAUUAAUGUGCGUGGCUGGCUUUUAUCUCGGUCCAACUUGUGUCAGAGCGUUAAGAGAGUUUGGAGAGCAAAUGUCCUCAGAAGCUGUUCUGUGUAGAAGAGGGUGGGUCAAAGAUGGACAGGGUGCCUUCAUCUCCUUUGCAUGUCCAAAGUGUAAAGUUGGGGGGGUGUUGUUGGGGUGUGUAUCGAUAGGACCAAACCGGUGAAUGUCAGCACUUCCAAAGCAGUAUUUAAAUGUGUGUUAAGUUACACUGUGUGUGGAGGGAGGCGGAGCUGUCUUGAAAAACAGCUAGCUGGUGUAGAAUAUGAUUUCUGUAAUGUACAGGAUGACAUGGAUGUGAAUUUUCUCUCUGCUGAACAGUUUUUUGUUGUUUUUUUUGGUAAAGGCUUUGGGGUUUUUUAGCGGUGGGGGGGUAACCCACAUACAUCACCGUUUUAGGCUCUUCUUUAUUUCACCAUUUACACUUGUUAGCUUGCAAGACGCUUCUGUUUCUAGCAAAAAGUGUAGGCAGAAGAAUGAGUUGACACUAGGGCACUGUAAAUACAUAACAGUAAAGCAAGAACCUUUCAAAUAAAGCAUAAUUGUGAGUUUUCAACCAAACAGUUGGUGCCUUCCGUAUAUUACUGCCGCAAAGCUCUUUAUCUUUGAUAAGCUAAAUACUUCUUUUUUCCAGCGUGUGAAACCAGGCUGUCAACUCCUGACUUGCAUUCAGUACAACUCAGCUACCCAUAACUACCUUUUUACAAUGAGGUUUUAAGUGAUUGUGUGUCCCUUUUUUAUGUACAAAAAGAUAUCACUGCCUUUCUCGGAUCUAGGAAACACACUUCUUUUGGGCAAGACUUAAGUGAUAAAUCUGGCGUGUGAGGUUUUUAACGGUCGAGCAGAAACUGGAAUUCUGUAACUUGCAAACGGCAAAUUUUGAAAUGCAAGUCCUUCGGUUGGUUCUUUUUGUACUUCUCAAACAGAACACAUGCAAUAAAAAAGGCAGUCUGCCAAAAUAA